AUGUUUUCAUACGCCGACCUCACCCCCCGCGAGAAGAUGCGCCUCGCCAGGGAGGCAUUCCUCGACGCAGAGAGGGAGGAAGCAGAGCUGCAGAGACACAGCUCCGUGCCCAGGCAAAGGCAUAGGCUGAGCAAUGCUCCCUCUGUCGACGAGAGCGUCGACGAGGACUCACUGUCGCGCACAAGCUCGCUCCGUUCACGCUCAAGCAGGAGCAGCAACGGUCCGCCUCCUUCAUUCCACCUUCCCGCCACCCCUUACACCCCCAGCUCGCCUGCGCCCUCGCUCCCCCUGCCCCCGCUCCCAAGUCCCUCAACUAGCCUGCGCGACUUUGACCCCAACGCCUCUACGUCGCACUCCACAAGACAACGCUCGCGCCUCCCGUCUGACCAUGCCCGACCCUCCGAAACGGCCUCCUUGGGCUGUUCCUCUACUAGCAGAAUGCUCCGUCGCGAGUCCUCGAUCGAAGGCCUCCGGUAUGACAUUGCCUCUGCAUCACGCUCCUUUCGCGUCACCAAACGCACCUCGACCGCCUCCAUAACGUCGUCCAUCAGCUCGGCGUGGUCCAAGCGGUCCUCCAGCUACUUUGAUGGCGAAGAUUUGCUCAAAGACCCCGAACUGGCCUUCCUGCCCCAGGCUCUGCCAUAUCCCAAAAUCGGCCGCUCGCUGGCGAGAUUGAGCACCACAUCAUCACUUGAACCACAUUCACCUCUUGCCGACAAGGAGCCUGUCUACUCUCGCGCUGCCCGUCUGUCGGUUGCGUCCACCAUCUCCUCCCCCGGCUCCCUCUCUUAUACCCCUUCAUCCUCGAGCUCGACAUCGUUGCCGACAGAUAUCGACUCGCCUCUGGUCCAGUUUGGCGGACUGCCACACAGAAAUUACCCUUCGCCCUUUGCUGCUAUGGGCGUCGCACCCCGAAGACGCUCCUCCCUCGCUACCCACGUCUUGCAAGUGACUGAAGAAGACGAUGGUGAGAAGGAAGACGGUAGCACAGUCUGGGUCGACCUCUCUGCGCCUCUCACCCUGGCCAAGCCAGUCCUUGCCCCUGCGGCAGAGAUCCAAGUCGUCGAAGAGAUACUUGCAUCCCCGCCCAUGUCGCCAGCGGUCAAAACACACCAGAGAAAUGAUUCGACGUUGAGCGCCAUCAUGGCGUUUCCUAUACCGCCUGAUAGGAUUGAGAAGAAGCGUACGCCACCGCCACUGCUUCUUCCGGAGCCACCGAGGAUCAUUGAGGACAAGCUUGUGGACGAGCCGCUGCCUUAUAUGACGGGCGAGACUGUCUCUGAAGAAACGCAAGUGGAGGAGCAGACACAGCAGUGCCCUCUCAGUCCUCAACUGGGCGAUCUCCUCAAGAGCGUUACUCGCGCAAAGAGACGAAGGACAAGUGUGUCUGAAUGUGAUGGUUCGGAGACGGACGAGAGCGAUAUCGACAUGGCAGCGCCAUUGAUCCAGGCCGCGCUCAGCUCCAAGAUCCUCACUCCCCGCUCGCGUCUUCUUCGUCAACGCCCGUCCCUCCCCCCCGUCUCGCUCCAGCGCCCAGCCCACUUUCAACAACGCACCUUAUCUUCCCCCUCUGUCCCUCUCCGCUCUUUCGGAGCCGAUAAAGGGUGGAGCGGGAGUGAGAGCGAGGAGGAGGGAUGGCAAGGGAUGAAGGAGAGCAAAAAGUUUGGCCCUCGCAGGACUGCAUCGGCAGCGGCUGCUUCGAGAAGAGCGAGUGCCACACCUAGCCCGGGGCUGGGGAUCAAUGUAGACCAAGACCUCACGCCAAAGUCUUCUCGUCUUUUCCCUCCCAGCUCGACAGACAUGUCGCCUUCUCUCACCCCGACCUCCCGCUCGCCCUCCCACAAACGUCUGUCGUCGUUGUCCACCUCCACCGCCGCAUCCACCGAGCUCCCUCAGACACCCAUGACAAGUUUGAUGCUGCCCAACCUCUGCCCGUCUUCGGCCCACAGUGUGGAUAUGCACAGGAAGGGAUCAAACACUUCCGAUAUCAGCGUGACCAGCAUCGGUGUCGCUUUGGCUGGUCCAGGCGAUUUCCCAUGGGGCGCCAGUUCACCGCCCAACUCGCCUGUACGCGCAGCAUUCCGUCGCCCAGGCUCCCAGCGAUCCCUCCCUUCCUCCACUUCAUUCUCUUCCCUCUCUCUUUCGCGCUCCACAUCUGACAAGGGCAGGCGACUGAGUAAGAAGGAUAGCAAGAUAUUCACAAAGCGACAGCUGCCUGCGCCCAGGCAAGAAGUGGAAGGGUGGGGCAAGCCAGAGAUCCUUUUGGAUGACGAGACGUGGGGCGAAGACGACAGCCCGACUUCAGUCCGGUCAUACUCUUCCGUCUCUUCGCGUGCGUCCCUGCACCGAGGGCUGAACACUAUCCACCUCGACGAAUAUUCGUCCGACGAAGAGCCCACGCCUUUGCUUUCUUCAGGCAAGUGGGAUGCGACACCGAGGCCGGACAGAGAAACGCCCAAGCCUGGUAUGGGCGCCUAUGGCCGUGUGCCGAGCCCAGAGAUGUGGAUGAAUAUGGGCGAAGUAGCUAGUCUGAUGGACGAAGGGCUUGAUGGGAUGGAGAGCGAUGGAGAGUGGUAG